GCGGAGGACCGUUAGGAACCGUUGGGGCGCGCGGGCGGCUGUUACGGCAGCGCGAGCCGCUGCGCGUGCUGACUCUCUGGGCGGGGGCACGAGCGGCAGCCGCGCGCGGCGGCCGUUGGGGGGAAGAGGCCGCCCGGCCCCGCCCCUGCCCGGCGCAGGCGCAGUGGCCAUUUCCGGCGCAGCGGUGACGGUGCUGGCGCGGCGGUAGAGUCGGCUCGUUCUCGGCGGACGGGCCCCGCUCGCCCUUCCCGGCCGCUCGGCCCUCGGCCCGCCGCCCGAGUCCCUCCUGCCCCUAGCGCGUCCCGGCACCAUGUCUCGAAGAUACGACUCCAGAACUACCAUAUUUUCUCCAGAAGGUCGCCUGUACCAGGUUGAGUACGCAAUGGAGGCGAUCGGACAUGCCGGAACUUGCUUGGGAAUUCUAGCGAACGAUGGCGUUUUGCUGGCGGCAGAGAGACGCAACAUUCACAAGCUUCUUGAUGAAGUGUUUUUCUCAGAGAAAAUAUACAAACUUAAUGAGGAUAUGGCUUGCAGUGUUGCAGGAAUAACUUCAGAUGCCAACGUUCUAACAAAUGAACUGAGACUGAUCGCACAGAGAUAUUUGUUACAAUAUCAAGAGCCUAUUCCUUGUGAACAACUGGUAACAGCGCUCUGUGAUAUCAAGCAGGCUUACACACAGUUUGGAGGAAAACGUCCUUUUGGUGUUUCACUGCUGUAUAUUGGCUGGGAUAAGCAUUAUGGAUUUCAGCUGUAUCAAAGUGAUCCUAGUGGAAAUUAUGGAGGGUGGAAAGCGACGUGCAUUGGGAAUAAUAGUGCUGCAGCUGUGUCAAUGCUAAAGCAAGACUACAAAGAAGGGGAAAUGACCUUAAAGACUGCACUUGCACUAGCCAUUAAGGUUCUAAACAAAACCAUGGACGUUAGCAAACUCUCUGCAGAGAAAGUUGAAAUUGCAACGCUGACGAGGGAGAACGGGAAGACAGUGAUAAGGGUUCUGAAGCAAAAGGAGGUGGAACAGUUGAUAAAACAACAUGAGGAGGAGGAAGCAAAAGCUGAACGUGAGAAGAAGGAAAAAGAACAAAAAGAGAAGGAUAAAUAGAGUAUGAAAUUAAGUGGUCUGUAGAUAAUACAGGACCUGCUUCAGCAGAAGAUAAUCUGGAUUUCUCUUUGGUAAAAGCCUACAAAUAUGCCAUGGAGGACCUAGAAAUGCUUUUGAUGAACCAGGUCCUUCAUCAUCACGAAGAUAAUUAGUUUACUGCUCCUUACAUUGACCAAUAAUUGCUUUCAUUCUUGAACACUCUAUUUCUUUCUUCUAUUUUUUAUUAUGGAAUAAAAUUUAAGAAGAAUGGU